AUGUCGCAGAGUAUUCCCAGUUUUGCUGACCUCACAAAAAGCCUCGGCGCGGCCGCGUUCUCUGUAAGUAGACACAGCGAAGGCCCACGCAGCGCAACCCUGCCUGUGCCAAUCCAAUCAACACACAAUACCGCAGCUAAAUUGGCCGCAGCAUCACCCCCACAGCCUUUCCAGCACUUCCAGUCAUCGUCGGCACCAAGAAGGUUACAAAAUGAGUCCCGCUCCAGCCAAUCCAAUGGCAGCAAAAACACUGUCAGCAGCAGCAGCAGCGUUCCUACGACCAGCAUAGGCACAGUGGCGGCCAGCAAACCGAGCGGCACCGUGUGCUUCAACUGUGGUGUCGACUCGACUCCUCUCUGGCGCCGCGACGUGAACAGCAAUGUUGUCUGCAACUCGUGCGGCUUAUAUUGGAAGCUGCACGGAAUUUCGCGUCCUCCUUCUAUGAAGCGGGCAGUUAUUAAGCGCCGCAGACGCAGAGCUACAAAUAACACCAGCCCGACAGAAAAAACUGUGCACAAGACACCUCUGAGUGCCGAUGCAUCGUGCCGCAGCUCAUCGCUGCCAUUACACGCCGAGAACCAAGAGUUGAACCUCUCCAACCGCAUGCAAUCUACAUUCCAUAGCGGCAACACUAUGGAGAGCGACAAUUUCAGCGGCGACAGCAGGCAGACGAGCUCAAAUUGCACACCAUGGAGCAACGUCCUGUCAUAUGCCUCGACGCCAUCGAUCCCGUCUACACCUUUCAAAGCUAACAGCUCACAUGGUAUGCACGCUGACUACUCCAGUGUGCGCGAAGUGCGCUUCCCACGCAUGCUUGGGCUCGAGUCGCUGAUGCGCGCCGCCGAGCUCAGCCCGCCCAUGACCUCGCACUAUGAAUCGCACCAUAAUAAAAGACGGUACUACUCGCACCAGCUGCCGCACGAGUCGCUCUUGGACUCGCUGGCUACAGUGGCUACAGCCGAGAUUUCGCUGUCGUCUAAGCGCCAGGCAUUGGGUAACGAGAGAAACAAUAUGGUAGCUAGCAGCAGCAGCAACAGAGGUGAUAUGAUGCCGCAUUACCUUAACCAGAGCCUGCAUCAGGUUACUUAUCGUGAGGAACUGCAGCGCGAAUGCGAGAGGCUGCACAAGGAGUAUAGACCGAGAGCAGCAUCCAUUGAGAAUAUAAUUUCAAUGGAUGUCAGUGACUGUGUAUCAGAGGUCGUUGUUUCCAGUGGGCCGGUCUGA